AUGUCUAAACGAUCUCUAGAGGAUGAAGACCGAGUUGUUGAACGAAAACGGUCGAUUUUGUCCCGUCAACGAUUAAAUCCUGAUCCGAUGAGUCGAUUUGUACAUUACUUUUACUUACAAUCCUUUUCCAAAUACAAAACGUUGUUAAAAAUGAUGGUAAGUUACUGUAUUUUUAAAUUCUGACUUGCUUGUUUUAAUUUAGUUCUGUAUGUAAGAGAAUCAGUAGCAAAAAUAAGUUAGAUUCCUGAUAUGACAUGAAUAACAAAAAUGUGACUUACACAUUAACCUUUUUCAGAACGUGUCAAAGAGAACAGCAGGUCCGAUUAACAAACUUCUGAAUAACUGUAACCUAAAUAUUUGCGGAAACAUGGUUCGUUUCUACGACGCCAAACGUAUCAAUUUGUUGUUCACAUUGUGUCUUACUGACGCCGUACAUCUUUUGGCACACUCAUACUUUGCAAUCCGUGAUGUUGUCAUGCUGAGAAGUGCUGAGCCACAUUAUUUGGAGUCAAGAUGUCAAAGAAUCUCACCUGAUGGAGAGCGAGGUAAAUUCUGAUUAAACAAAGCCGUAAACCUUGAUAUUUUAAAAGCUUUUUUGAUGUUUUUUGUUUUGUAAAUAAGUAAUGUGGGUUUGUAUGGUCUUUUUAUGAUUGUAUUGAUCACUUUUAGUUAACCUAAUAUCAAGAGUGCUGGAACUCAUUGGCUGUGUUAAUAUAUUCUACACAGAAUCGCCAAACAUUAUGAAUGGCCUACGUAACGCUUUAAAGAUUGACAAUCUGAUUAUACAAAACAAAAUGUAAGGAUUUUUAUUAAAAAUGUUUUUUGACCAUACGAUUUAUACUAUUAUAAGCAGCAAAAAAUCUUUGACUAGUGCCAUCCGGCAAUUGAUUACAAAAAUAUUCCUGUAGUGAUUAAAAGUAUUUUAUUGCCAAAAUAUUCGUAAAAAGCCAAAAUAAACUAAAAUUUUAGGUCGUUUGCAAAGCAGUUACUUUACGCUACCGAAUCCACUAACAAUGAAUUCCUAGAAGUUGGUGGAUUGUCGCUAUUAGUCAAAGAACCUCAAACAUAUUCAGUAUUGGACUGCCUACCAAAGUAAGAACUAAAAACGGUUUUCGAACGAAGUAGCAAAGCCGAGAUAUUAACAACGUGCCAUCUUACUUAAUAUCUUACCUAUUUUACCAAAAAUUUCAAAAGUUAUUGUUAAAAGAAUAUUUUUUAGUGGUCAGCUCAUUAAACGAAGCUUAAAACGACUAAAAAUCAACUUGAGCAUCGUGUCGCACAAUGCUCUGCCAAUGGGUUCGAUAUCUCGACUCGUCGAUAACUACACAAGCCUUCAAACCUUUUCAUUACUUAUUAAAAUACCUGUAAGUGCAAUAUAUUAGAAAAAUAUGCUUAGAAUGACGUUCUUUGUACUGCUGUCAUAGUGCAGUAUUAUAUAACUCAACUCAUUUUACAGGCGGAUACAGAUGAUGACCAGACCCAUUAUAUUCGGCCGCUGUUCAACGAACUCAAUUACUUUGUCUACAAUGGUAUCCAUGUCAAUGUGGUCGUAAAUGUCACCGUUUCCAAAAAUACUGCAAAUCAAAAUGACUUACUGGACAGUAUUAUGGUCAACAUUAAACCCCAUUUUAUUGUCGGAGUAGAAUAUACCACUCACAAGUGUAUCGAUGACUCCAUCUACUACAAUGUCAACACCAAACUGAUAAAAGCUCACAUAUGUGUUAGUUGUACCAGCUGUCCUCUGUUGGCUCACGAGGAAUGGAUUUGA